AUGUCCUAUCCCCCACCUCCAGGUCUCCCUUCGAAAUCCACACCCGCACCACAUCCAUCUCUACCCGCCAGACCGCCGCCCUCAACCUCAACUUUCAAGCCCUCUUACAAUGCAGGCCAUGGUGCGCCCUCCGCCUCGUUCGGCGCCUUCGCCGGCUUCGCGCCCAGACAAGUAGCAGCUCCUCAACCACCAGCCUUUAACAACUACCCACAAUCUUCAUACACGCAAGCGCAACAACCAUACAAUGCCUACGCCCAACCACAAGAAGAGCCUGCCUAUGGUGCUGCGCCACAAAUCCGAAACCCCUUCGCGCCACCGAGUGCUACAGGAGCAGGCAGAGGCUAUGAGGAGGACCCAGAGAUGGCUGCCCAGAUCGCACAAUGGCAAUCUGCAUACGUUGGUAAAGAGGGACAAAGCUCGUCAGGCUACACCGGUGCAGUUCGACGGUAUCCAAACACAGGCGAGGGCGCUGGAGCUGCGACCUCCGCGAAUGCCGCCCCUCUGGGAGGAAGAGUUGAUGGACCGAGCAUGAGUUCGGCUGCCAUGACCAGCGCAGCUCACAACGAUACCGGUGUUGCUACAGUGGUCAGCGAUGCAAAGACAAACACGAAAACUGUCGUUCGCUCCGGCGGAGGAACAACAUGGACUGAUUCCUCUCUUCUCGAAUGGGACCCGGCACAUUUCCGACUCUUCGUAGGAAACCUAGCGGGUGAAGUCACAGACGAUACACUCCACAAGGCAUUCUCUCGGUGGCCAUCAGUACAGAAAGCGCGAGUCAUUCGCGACAAGCGCACAACGAAAAGUAAGGGCUAUGGAUUUGUUAGUUUCAGUGAUGGAGACGAGUUCUUCCAGGCCGCAAGGGAUAUGCAGGGAAAGUAUAUUGGCAGUCAUCCGGUCUUGUUGAGACGAAGCACCACGGAGAUCAAGGCUGUCAAUCCGAAGGAUAUGAGAAAUAAUAAGAACAAGCACAAAGGGAAGGGCAAAGACAACAAGGAUAAGACUGGUGCGGGCGUUCAGAAAGCCGGGGCGAAGACAAAGGGUGGGUUGAAGAUUCUGGGUUAG